AAAUUAACCCCGCCCCCUUCCCGUCUCCGGCGUAGGGCUCGGAAGUGUCUGUUUCAGAGCCUGCUUCCCUCAUCCCCGGUUGCUCGUGAUCAUGGGACAGGAACCGCGCACGCUGCCGCCCUCCCCUAACUGGUACUGCUCCCGAUGCAGCGAUGCCGUGCCCGGGGGCCUCUUCGGCUUCGCGGCGCGGACCUCUGUCUUCCUUGUCCGCGUGGGCCCGGGAGCGGACGUGAUGCCAGGGACGUCCCCAUUUCGAGUCAUAGGGGAGUUGGUGGGACACACCGAAAGGGUGUCUGGCUUCACGUUUUGUCAUCACCCGGGUCAAUACAACCUCUGCGCCACCAGCUCCGAUGACGGGACUGUGAAAAUCUGGGAUGUAGAGACAAAAACAGUUGUGACGGAACAUGCACUCCAUCAGCAUACAAUAUCAGCACUGCAUUGGUCUCCUCUAGUAAAGGAUUUACUAGUAUCUGGAGAUGAAAAAGGAGUAGUUUUCUGUUACUGGCUUAACAGAAAUGACAGCCAGCACCUCUUUAUAGAACCCAGGACAAUUUUCUGUCUUACUUGCUCGCCUCAUCAUGAAGAUUUAGUAGCCAUUGGCUACAAGGAUGGCAUAGUGGUUAUAAUUGACAUCAGCAAGAAAGGAGAAGUUAUACACAGGCUUCGAGGCCACGAUGAUGAGAUCCACUCCAUAGCCUGGUGCCCCCUGCCUGGUGAAGAUUGUUUAUUCAUAAAUCAAGAGGAAAAUUCAGAAGAACUUGAAAUCCCCAAUGGGAAAGUUGUAGCACAAACACCAGUUAAAAAAGGCUGCUACUUAGCCACUGGAAGCAAAGAUCAGACCAUUCGUAUCUGGAGCUGCUCUACAGGCCGAGGGGUGACGACUUUGAAAUUGCCCUUUCUGAAGAGAAGAGGAGGAGGUAUAGACCCAACUGUUAAAGAGCGCCUUUGGUUGACACUCCAUUGGCCCAAGGGUCAGCCAACACAGCUGGUAUCCAGCUGUUUUGGAGGCGAACUGCUACUAUGGGAUCUCACUCAGUCUUGGAGACGGAAAUAUACCCUCUUUAGUGCUUCAUCAGAAGGGCAGAAUCAUUCAAGAAUUGUGUUUAAUUUAUGUCCUCUACAAACUGAAGAUGACAAACAGCUGCUGCUUUCCACAUCAAUGGACAGAGAUGUAAAAUGUUGGGACAUGGCCACCCUGGAGUGCUGCUGGACCCUGCCUUCCCUGGGUGGGUUUGCCUACAGUCUGGCUUUCUCUCCUGUAGACACAGGCUGUUUGGCGAUAGGCGCUGGUGAUGGCAUGAUCCGUAUAUGGAAUACAUUCUCCAUAAAGAACAACUAUGAUGUGAAAAUUUUUUGGCAGGGUGUCAAGUCCAAGGUUACAGCGCUGUGCUGGCACCCAACCAAGGAAGGCUGCUUAGCUUUUGGAACUGAUGAUGGAAAAGUGGGAUUGUAUGACACCUACUCCAACAAACCUCCACAGAUUUCUAGCACAUAUCACAAGAAGACUGUAUACUCCUUAGCCUGGGGGCCACCAGUACCCUCCAUGGCACUCGGAGGAGAAGGGGACAGACCUUCCCUCACUUUAUACAGCUGUGGAGGGGAAGGGAUUGUCUUACAACACAAGCCCUGGAAGCUUAGUGGAGAGGCCUUUGACAUCAACAAACUCAUCAGGGACACCAAUUCAAUCAAAUACAAAUUGCCUGUACACACAGAGAUCAGCUGGAAAGCAGAUGGCAAAAUCAUGGCUCUUGGCAAUGAAGAUGGAUCAAUAGAAAUAUUCAGGGUUCCUAACUUGAAACUGAUCUGCACCAUCCAGCAGCAUCACAAGCUUGUGAAUACUAUUAGCUGGCAUCAUGAGUAUGGCAGCCAGCCAGAGCUGAGCUAUCUGAUGGCCUCUGGGUCCAACAAUGCAGUCAUUUAUGUGCACAACCUGCAGACCGUCAUAGAGAGCAAUCCUGAAUCUCCAGUGACCAUUACAGAGCCCUACCGGACCCUCUCAGGGCACACAGCCAAGAUUACCAGUCUGGCAUGGAGUCCACAUCAUGACGGAAGGCUGAUAUCUGCUUCCUAUGAUGGUACAGCUCAGGUAUGGGAUACUCUCCAGGAAGAGCCUCUAUGCAAUUUCCGAGGACAUCGAGGUCGACUGCUUUGCAUCGCAUGGUCCCCGCUGGAUCCAGACUGCAUCUACUCAGGGGCAGAUGACUUCUGUGUAUACAAAUGGCUCACUUCCAUGCAAGAACAUUCCCGACCUCCUCAAGGCAAGAAAAGUAUUGAAUUAGAGAAAAAAAGGCUCUCUCAACCUAAGCCAAAGCCCAAAAAGAAGAAAAAGCCCAUCUUGAGAGUGGCUGUAAAGCAGGAAUUGUGUAAUGGGAAUGAAGAAGAGAGUGUAAAGGAGAGCUCGGGCCCUGUUGAGAAUGGAGUGUCAGACCAGGAGACUGAGGAGGAAGCCCGGGAGCCAGAGCUACCCUGUGGUGUCACCUCGGCAGUUUCUAAAGAACCAGUUAUCUGCACUCCAGCAUCCUUAGGUUUUGAAAAGUCAAAAGUCACCAUUAAUAACAAAGUCACUUUACUGAAAAAGGAGGCACCUAAAGAAAAGCCAGAAGCCUUAAUCAAGAAGCGAAAAGCUCGUUCCACGCUUCCACUGAGUACAAGUCUGGACCACAGAUCCAAAGAGGAGCUUCAUCAGGACUGUUUGGUAUUAGCCACUGCAAAACACUCCAGAGCAGAGCCAAAGGACGAUGUGUCUGCUGAUCUUGAGGAAAGGUUUCACCUGGGGCUUUUCACAGACAGGGCUACCCUGUACAGAAUGAUUGAGGUUGAAGGAAAAGGUCACUUGGAAAAUGGCCACCCUGAAUUAUUUCACCAGCUCAUGCUUUGGAAAGGAGAUCUAAAAGGUGUUCUGCAGACUGCAGCAGAAAGAGGGGAGCUGACAGACAAUCUUGUGGCUAUGGCACCAGUCGCCGGUUACCACGUGUGGGUAUGGGCCGUGGAAGCUUUUGCCAAACAACUGUGUUUUCAGGACCAGUAUGUCAAGGCUGCCUCUCACCUACUUUCUAUCCACAAAGUGUAUGAAGCAGUGGAGCUGCUCAAGUCAAACCAUUUCUACAGGGAGGCUAUUGCAAUUGCCAAGGCCCGGCUGCGCCCAGAGGACCCGAUCCUGAAAGACCUGUACCUCAGCUGGGGAGCCAUCCUAGAAAAAGAUGGCCAUUAUGCCUUAGCAGCCAAAUGCUAUUUAGGAGCCACUUCAGCUUAUGAUGCAGCCAAAGUUUUGGCCAAAAAGGGGGAUGUGGCAUCACUUAGAACGGCUGCAGAAUUGGCUUCCAUCGUAGGAGAGAAUGAGUUGUCUGCUACCCUGGCUCUCAGAUGUGCCCAAGAACUGCUUCUGGUUGGUGACUUUGGAGAUGCAAUCAACUGGCCAACACCUGGAGAGAUAGCCCACAAGAGUGUGCAGUUCACAGACAGGGCUGGUGUGGACAGACCAGGGCCCGGCAUCUCCUCCGUCCCACAGGUGACCUGA